UCAGGAAGUAAAGCGUCGGUCUGCAAUAGAAGUGCAACCUUACUUCCCUGGGAAAGUUAUUUAUCGGUACAAGUAUUGGAAAGGAACCGAAAUAUUCGACUUGGAGCUGAUAUCGUUUUAGAGACCUUCGACUGCAGGUGUAAUUAAUAAUAUGGCUGCAGACUGGCUGGGAAGUUUGGUGUCGAUCAACUGUGGACCUACACUCGGUGUAUACCAGGGAGAAGUGUCUGCGGUGGACCAGGGUAGUCAAACUAUCUCAUUGAGGCAUCCUUUCCACAAUGGCGUCAAGUGUCUGGUUCCUGAGGUCACUUUCAGCGCCAUAGACAUCAAGGAUCUUAAGAUUUUGGAGAUCCGAAAUGGCAGCCAGGGCGGCAGACUCAACCAGGUCAGUGUGGUUGAUUUGGGCCCCCCAUCUGCGGGAAACCAGGAGCAGGCCAGCGGCAGAGGCAGCGGGACCCCAGCUAGCAGUGCUCCAGUGGCAGUGCCACGUAAAACAGAACUGACGUUGCUGGAGGAGAGGAGCUCGCUGCCUCAGCCGCAGUGCUCCAAGAGUUAUGGGGAGCGUCGCAGCGAGGCAUUGGGGCAGGCCAAAGGCCCCCAACAGAGACGCAACUCCUGGUCUUCGAGUUGCAGGGGCCCAAGUCAGGCCACACCCAAGAAGAAUGGGAUGAAGAGCAGCGGCGGACCGGCAAAGAACAAAGACAGCGAGUGCUUUGGUGACGGCGUGGACGAAGGCCUCGGAACAGACUUUGACUUUGAGGGCAACCUGGCGCUGUUUGACAAAGCGGCCGUCUUCUCCCAGAUCGACACGUCGGAGCGCCGUGCCGGCGGGCCCCGUUCCCGCGGGGGGCCUGGCGAGCGGACGCCAUCCCGCUAUCGCCACGACGAGAACAUCCUAGAGGGAAAGCCUGUCAUCUACCGGCAGAUAACUGUGCCACAGCCGGGGGGAGUAGAGUACUGCACCGACUCAGGGUUGGUGGUGCCCAGCGUGACGUACGACCUGCACAAGCGCCUGCUGUCCAUGGCGGAGCGGAGCGGCCUCACGUUGGAGCGCCGCUUGGAGAUGACUGGUGUGUGCGCCAGCCAGAUGGCGCUGACGCUGCUGGGUGGGCCCAACCGGUUGACCCCCAAGAAUGUGCACCAGCGCCCCACGGUGGCACUGCUGUGUGGCCCCCACGUGCAGGGUGCCCAGGGUGUCAGCUGUGGACGACAUCUGGCCAACCACGAGGUGGAGGUCAUCCUCUUCCUGCCCAACUUUGUCAAAAUGAUAGAGGCCAUCACUAAUGAGUUGACCCUCUUCAAUAAAACGGGAGGCAAACAAGUGUCCAGCAUCAAAGACCUACCCGAGAGCCCAGUAGACCUGGUCAUCAACUGCCUCGACUGUCAUGAAAAUGCCUUCCUCAGGGACCAGCCGUGGUACCGGGCUGCCGCAGACUGGGCCAACCAGAACCGAGCCCCUGUGUUGAGCAUCGACCCGCCGGUGAGCGGGCAGGACCAAGCGGUGGAGGCCAAGUGGUCCCUCUGUCUGGGCCUGCCCCUGUCGCUGGCCGAGGGGGCAGGCCGGGUUUACCUAUGUGACAUUGGCCUGCCUCAGCAAAUAUUCCAGGAAGUCGGCAUCAGUUAUCACUCGCCGUUUGGCUGCAAGUUCGUCAUUCCCCUGCACUCUUCAUAGCAGGUCUCGUGACUGAACCAGGCCUGUAGGGUGUGACAAUGGUUCAUUUGGAGAUUGUAGCUAUGGAUUUCACCAAAUAUACUCCACGACACUUGGGUAAAAGAAUAUCUAAUGGGUUUUUGCCAUUCAGUAGAGUAGAGGUCAGAACUCUCCCGCCCCCCUGAGAUUUGUAGGGGUCUAGGAUCCACGCAUUUUAGACCUCUACUGGUGCUCUAUUCUGCUAGAGACUAAGCUGGACCCAGUUUAUGUCAUGCUAAUUAUGGUCUAGGAUUCAUGUGGUCAUGGAAAUGAAGAAGGCAUGGUCCUUUUGAGGUGGAGCCAACGUUGAGAGUUGAAGUCCCUGUUGUGUGAAGCCAGUCACAAGCCGUUGGAGAGCUUUGUGAAAACUAUAAAUGUGGAAGGAGGAUGUUCUGCUGUUGUUCUACACAAAACAUGUGGCUGUGUUUUUGAGUUUAUAUUUUGAAAUGAUUUAUAGUGUUAUUCUGGCUUUAAAAGGAAGGAAUGUCUGAUUUUGUAAGGCUUUCGAUAUCACUCUUCUGUCUGCUACGAUUGCACUGUGAGCUGAAACCUGAGGCAUUAUCUGCCUUGUAAUGACUGCCACCCAGCCUGUGUUUCACUCGUUUGAACUUUGCCUCCCACAUUUUGGAAGAUUUCUCUCCGCCGGCCAACAUAAAGCAAAAUCGAGACUGGUGAUGGAAAGCAAUGUCCUUCCAGGUUUUGCAAAAGUUAAUUGCAGCACUGCUUCAAUUCUGCCUUACAGUGGCUGACAUGCAAACUGCACAGUGUGAGUUUCCAGUGAAAGCCCUACAUCACUAGUUUAUCGUUUAUCGGUAGCUGCAGUCUCUGACCGUCAAAGUUGGAAUAGAUAGGAGUUAUUUUGCAGGAAUGCUGAAUAUACUCCCAAGCUAAAUUGGGGCAGGGGUGCCAUUUUUUUUAAAUUUAAUACUGUGCGGUUAUUCUCAGCCUUAAAUGUUUAAGUGAUUUUUUUUUAACUAACAUUUGUAUCAUUUUGUUUCUAUCCUUUUUCAUACAUAAUACAGUAUUGUUUACUCAGGAAAAGCCACGGAUUGCUUCCUUGCUGGAAAGGUUCUACUCCAUUAAUUAAAACUAGCAUUUGUUUCAUUACCACAGUGGUUUGCAGGUAAAUCUGUCACUUUUGAUCCCUGUUCCUUUCAGUUUACUUAUUGACCCUUGUAUUUGUCAAAAGGUUUAUUGUCAUCUGACAUGUUUGUCCCCCUUUCUGGCUGCGCUGAAAUGUUUCCCUUGGAAUCAUUUGCUUCUCUGGGUACAAACAUUCGGUGUCUCUCUAUCUGUCCAUGUGGAACUGUUUGCCUUCCCUGUUCUCUGUCUCUUGUUUGUUCAGUUCUAAUCUGAGGUCCGCAGGGCUAGUUUGUCAGUCAGGAGCAAAGUCGUUUGCAGCUGUUAAGUCAUCGUUAGCAGUCUUCUCUGUUUGCCCAUUCAAUGACAGUGUCUGGAUAUUUUCUAGAGGAAAUGACCCGUUUUUACUUUUUCCACAAGACACAGGGUACAGGGCCGAUGCAUUUGUCUUGUCUUUCUGGCUUACCAGUCUCACCCUGAUUCAGUCAGGCUCUGAUGUUACCAUUGGUUUUCCCCAUUAUGAGUUUAGCAUUUUGAAGCUACGGACAUUUCAUUAGUAGCUUGUUCUCAGGGCCUAAUUAUUCUGGAUUGAAGUAAUGGUCUCAUGGCUCUGCGGCCUUGAAAGCAUUUAUUACUUGUAACACUCUGGUUUUAAACAUGUUUAUCAGCAAGACUGGUCUUUCAGGGUCUCUGCUGUUUAUGCUCCGGUGAGAGGGCAGCAGCUGUGGAUUCUGUACAAGAACCUUUUUGACAGGUGCUUCCUUUGUAGCACUGUAUGUUGUUGGGAGUAAGAAAAGCAGAGCAGCCACAAUUAUUACUGAGAGCGAGUUAAACAGCAGGUACUGCAAAGAGCAACCAUACACUUGAUUAAUAUUCUGUGAAUGUCGAGGCUUCAUGGCUUUCAUGCACUAAAAAAUGUGGUCCUCCAGGGUUUGGUGAAAUUCAGCUGUGCCAUUUUUUUAUCAUUGCAGUUUUCACUUAAAGGUGAUAAUGAUCAAUUCAUUUCCAUGCUUUUUUGUUCAUUUUAAUGUAUUUUUUGUGUAAUUUUGGGGUCCCUUGUGAACUCAGUGAUGGUGUAAGGGAUGCUGUUUGCUGCAGGCCUUCCUGUAAAAUGGAGGAAACAUGUGAACUAAACUGUUAGUGAAUAGAUGUAGGGGGAGGGUCAACCAGUGUUACUGAACAUUAUAGAGCCUAUGGUGGAGGUUUGAGUUGCAAAUAAAGGAGUUCUGUUUCUGGAAAA